AUGGCUUCGAUUGUAGCCCAGUGUCACUACAUCUUCGGAUUGCGGACAGGAGUGAUAAAUAAUCUUUGCUACUUCGAUGAGCAGACUGUCAUCUUCCCAUGCGGAAACAACUGUGUACGCUACAACAUUGACCAGAGAUGGCAGAGGUUCAUUCCAGGUAGUUGCUCCCAAAUGAUAACAGUAAUAAUUGUAGCUAUACUUAUCUUCUCUUGCGGUGUACAUACUGUAUCAAAUGCGUUUAGUUAGCUAGCUACGUUUAUUGGAAAAUGAUAACGUGUUCUCAAUCAACUUGCCUGGUUAAAUAAAGGUAUGCUACAUGAAAUGAAAAUUACAAAGACCAAAACCUCAUAUACAACAUUAGGUGUUCGUCCCAAAUGGCAUCCUAUUCCCUAUGUAGUGCACUACCCCUCCAUUUUUCCUCAUAGGCACAGAGAAAAGCCAGGGUAUGCAAGCCCUGGCCAUCAGCGCCAACCGCCGCUACUUGGCCGUGUCAGAGCGUGGUGAGAAGGGCACCAUCACCGUGUACGACCUGCAGCACGAGCAGAGCCGGAAGAGGAAGGUGCUCAGUGGGGGAGAGGUCCCGGUGCUGGAGUUUGUCUCCAUGGCCUUCUCCCCCGACUCCAAGUACCUGAUAGGGCAGGCAGGAGCCCCCGACUGGACCCUGUUCUACUGGAUGUGGGAGAAGCAGAAGGUCAUGGCCUCAGUGAAGACGACGGGGUCCACCAACCCCAUCAACCAGGUGUGUGAGACAGAUAUAGGCAGGCCAGAGGAGGGAAGAGAGGGGAGAAGUGGGCCUUUACUUCAUGAUGGUAUUUUAUCCUGGUCAAAUAAUGGUGAAAUGAAAACAAAAGUGUGACAUUUUGAGCUACAAUUGUGGAUGUACAUAUCUUAUGGGCGCACACGUACACACGUACACACACAGACACACACACCUAUAAUCGAUAGACCGAAAAUUAAGCAUAACCAGUGCUUGACUUGGGCAGGAGCUCACCCGAGCUGAGUACCGGCACCUCAGAUCUUCUACUGCUUGAGCUCCUGUUCCUCUUAUAGAAUAUUAGCUCAAAAGUAUUGUGGAGCUCCUGCACCUAAAUAUAAACAGUACCGGCACCCAAAAUGAGUACCAGAACCUAUUUCAGUCCAAGUCAAGCACAGAGCAUAACAUACUCAACCACACACACACACACACACAAUAAACAAGAUCAUAACUACAUACCUUCUAUCACAAAGACCCAUCUUCAUCAUCUUCAUCUCUCCCAUCAUCACCCCCAGGUCAGCUUUAACCCGCAGGACAACACCCAGAUCUGUGUGAGUGGCAAUGGGGUCUUCAAGCUCUUCCGCUAUGCCGAGGGUGCCCUGAAGCAGUCCAACUUCCUUAAGCUGGAGUCCCAGAACUUCCUGUCGCACACCUGGAUGUCCGAGGAGCGUGUCAUAGCGGGGACAGAGACGGGCAGGCUGCUGGUGUUCGAGUCAGGUGACUUGCGCUGGGAGAUGAGCGUCACCACCAAGCCUGCCACGCAGGAGGCAGACAGGUCAGACAGGAUGAUCAAUCAAUCUAACAUUUUUACAAAAAAAUAGUUACAGCAGUAUUUGUCACAAAGUCCUUUAUAGUAACCCGAGCACAUUCAUUAACCAGCCAGGGAUCAUUAAACUGUUAGGGCUCUUUUAUAAUUGUAACAUAUAGUGUUUAAUACAUGUUAUUAAACACUAUAACUAUUAUUAUUGGCAAGUUAAUUCGUGUGGUGGACUUUUAGAAAUAUAAUUAAUAGAAAGGGCGUCUCCAUUCAAGUCAAUGAUGGCAUAAUGGGUGGACUGGCAGCCAUUUUGGGUGUACCCAUGCCUAGGUUGAAGAACCUAGGGAGAAUCUCAAUUGCAUACUCCUCGCGUCCUCUCUCCUCUCUCCUCGCCUCCUUCUCAAAACAAAUUGGAUGAGAAAGCCAGAGGUCCCUCCUCUCUGAACUUUUCCUCCAAUGAGUUUUGAGAAGGAGGCAUGGAGAGAGGAGAGAGGACGUGAGGAGUAUACAAUUGAGAUUCUCUCCUAGACCCAUGCCAGGAAGUAAAAGCAGGAAGUGUACCAUUUAAUCUGUGCUGUGAUUUGUUGAGUCAACUGACAUACAUUAGAUGCGGUGUAGAAGUCAAUGGAACUCGACCAAAACAAUGGAAAUGCCAUGGAAACGCGUAGGGGAAAGAUGCCGUGGGGGAAAGAUCCCGAAUCUCCUCAUUGCCCCACAGCAAAAUUAGCCUACAUUUAGGCUAUUGUUUAUGUGUGUAUUUCACACUAUGUUGAGGUAAACAUUGUUUUAUAAUGCUUGUAUGGAUGUCAACCCCAAUACAUGUUCAUGUCAUCGUCACCAAUCAACUGCAUUACAGUUAAAAAACAACUUUGACUACCACCACUAAUUUCUGUAUGCUAGCUAUGCUAACCAGCUUACAGUUUUUUCCAACUGCUUACACACGUUUUCAAAACUAUGUCUCCUUUUUUCAAAACUCUACACACAAUUCCCAAAACUGCACACACAAAAUGCAAAAUGCCUCACAUCUCCUUCAAAAUGUAACACUUCAUUCAAAAUGCCAUAAACACAUGUCAGAAUGAAGCAUUUGCAUCAAAUGGCAAACACUACUUUCAUAAUAGUAAAUUUUUGGAUAUACCAUGUAAACACUGUUGUUCUAAAUCUAAAGCCCUUUGGUCUUUCAUAGGCUUAUAUAUACAUUCCAAUACAAUGUUCUACAGUGAAAGUAAUCUGCUGAGAGGGGUAACAAGUACACUGUAAACACCAAUGCAAUGUAGAAACAGAAAAUAUUUAUUAGGCCAAACAUUACUGUUGUAUACAGUAGCAUACAACAAAACCAUAAACAUAUGUAAACCAAAAGUAUAUUCUUUAGAAUACAGUAAAGAACACAAAAGUGUGUGUGGGGUCCGGGGGGGGGGGCAGUCCAGGAAUUGGUAGGGGGGUGGGCAGUCACCAGUGCUAAGCUACGCUUCAUCUCUUCUCCGGGCUGGGUCUGGCCACAAUACUUUGUCCACAUCACAAGAUACGUUUUCUCUUGCCAAACAUCGAGGGAAGUAUCUCCUAGCAUGGCGUAUCCAACCUUGGACAGAGGCAACCUCUAUGUCCCCACAUGCGUCCUCCAUUGCCUGGAGAAGCGGCAUGCGGGCAUAGGGUUGGCAAUCAUACACUUUCCAGCGCCAGGCUGAGAAGAAUUCCUCUAUGGGAUUUAGAAAAGGUGAAUAUGAGGGUAGGUACAAAACUACAAAUUGUGGAUGGGUGGCAAACCAGUUUUGGACCAGAACAGCCCGGUGAAUACUAACAUUGUCCCAUAUAACCACAAAUCUAGCAGGCUCCUGAUCUGGAUCAGGGACAAGCAUUGUGUAAAUUGCAUCCAGAAAAGUGAGCCUAUGGCCGGUCUUGUACGGACCUAGUGUGGCAUUGUGAUGGAGGACCCCGUUUUGAGUGAUGGCAGCACACAUAGUUAUAUUACCCCCACGCUGUCCAGGGACAUUGGUAAUUGCCCUCUGUCCUUUUACAUUUCUUCCGCGGCGCCUGGUUUUGGUGAGGUUGAAGCCAACCUCAUCCACAUAAAUAAAUCUCCUUCCUUCUCUUCUUUGCCCUCGUCCUCUUCUUCCUCUUCCUCUUCCUCUUCAUUUUCCUCUUCCUCCUCCUCCUCCUCCUCCUCUUCCAACACUUCGUCUUUGAAUUUGUCCUCGUUGUUGUCCCCUGCCUCUCCCUCCUACUCCUCUUGCUCUCUGUCCAUUGUUGGCAUCCAUUGUUCAAAACAGGUAAUCUGACCUUUGACCUAUUUAUAGGCCUAUACUACAGUAAAGCAGUGAUUGGUUAGUGAUCAGUUAAGCAAUUAGUGUUUGCACAUGUGAAGAGUGUGUGUGUGACCUGGUGAAUAAGUGUAGCAUUUUGAAUGGUUGUGUUUGGAAAAGGAAAGCAAGUCACUUCCUGUUAGAUUUUUGUGUUUUAGGGUGAGAAUUGUGUGUAGUGUUUUGAAAAAAGUGUUUUAUGCAAUUGACAACUGAGUCAAAGGCUGAGAAAUAGCUUAUGGUUUUGGAGAUUUGGUGUGUAGUUUUGCACUUUGAGUGAGAGGUUUCAAAAAUCGUGUGACAUGAAAAGAUUUUGUGUGUAAGCAGUCGGAAAAAACUGUAUACGAAGGAAGUUAGCAUUUAGCAGUCACUUCUUCUGAACUUGAAAAGUGGCUACUUCUAAAUGUUGUGCUGCGAAAACUGCCAAAUAUAUCCAAAUCAGACUUUAGUAACCACAUUGUGGGUCUGUUGUAAUACAUAAAUCAUGACGGAUUUGACAAAUAUCCACUUUAUUAGAUCAGAUUUGUUGAAUGUGCGCCUAUCCAGCAUCCUUCUUCUAUCCCCCAACGGUCUGCGUUCCAUUGACCUCUUUACCGCAUCUAUUUAAAAAAAAUACGCAAGCCACAUCAUUAGCAUAAUUUGAAUGAACAUUCUACAUUACCAUGGCAAUCCAGCAUCAGUUGAUAGAACAUUCCAAAAUACCAUGGAAAUUAUUGCAUCACAAUAACAGGAAGCCAUUGCGAUUGCACCCAGUCAAAUUGCUUCCAAGCCCGUUCUAUUAAAAUCAUUGGACGAUUCUGGUUUGUCGAAGUGUUAUGCAAUGACAAUGUAGUUAGUUUUUUUAAGCACUGGCUGCUUACAAGCAGCUAUUUAGCAGAAUGUUUUUUUUUGUCAUUUAGCAGAUGCUCUUAUCCAGAGCGACUUACAGGAGCAAUUGGGGUUAAGUGCCUUGCUCGAGCACAUCGACAGAUUUUUUUCACCUAGUCAGCUCAGGGAUUUGAACCAGCGACCUUUCGGUUACUGGCGCAACGCUCUUAACCGCUAGGCUACCUGUCUCUAGAAAUGCUUCCUGCAGGGGGAAUCCUACCACACUUAUACCCCAUUGACAAUUGGACUGUCUGAGCCUAAUCAUAAACAGAUGUAAUGCUCAAAUGGAUAACAAAUGACUGUCCUUUCACGGCACAGACAACUAGAGAGGAGAAAGCCAGAGGAGGCCAAGUCAGAGGGAGCAGCCCCAGCCCAUCUGCCCAGAGUCACAGCCAUCACGUCUUACUCUAAGGGCUUUGCCUGCUCCGCCGGCCCAGGGACCGUGUGUCUGUUUGAGAAGACAGAGGAGAAGGACAACUACAGAAAGACUAGGGAGAUCAGGGUAAUGGCAAUGUGUGGAUCACACGAUAACUUGACUUCUAAAUGGUCUCAUUCAUUUGAAAUGAGUGUGUGUGUGUGUGUGGAGGGGGGGGGGGCAUAUUUGAUGUGUGUGUGUGUGUGUGUCAGAUCCCUGCGGACCUGUGCAGCAACGAGCCUAGCCAUGCGGAGCAGCAGGAGAUGGUCACGCUGUGUAUCAGCCCGUCAGAGGAGACCCUGGUCACCAGUACGGACCGUGGUCAGCUCUACAGCAUCACCCUGUCCUCUGCUGAGAUGAACAAGGUGAGCAGUGAUCUUGGCCUAUAUGUAUAGUACAGGGGGGCCAGAGACCCCUUUUGUGUUAGAAAAUUAAUCAGGAAACCCCUCAUAAUCAGAACACAACUCGAGUGAGAUAAAAAUAGCAUACAAGGAAUUUUACUAUGACUUCGGGCAGUGCAUCGCUGGACGAACCAAGUCUCUGGGAAUGAACAUUUUAAAGGACCUCCUCUUGGCAUCAGAGAAAACAUUUUGCUGUUUUCAAGCUAAUUUCAUGCAAUUCUACACAUUUUGUCAUGGGGAAGAGAUAACAUUUUGCAGUUUUCUAUCUUAAAUUACAGUGCAUUUAUGUAAAAAAAUAAUAAUACAAGAAGUAUUAAAGUAACUGCCCAGUGUUUACAGAUUUCUAUGAAAUAUGACCUAUAAUUAAUUACAAUAUGAGUGAAAUAGUUUUCUUUAAAAAAAAAGAAGGUAAUUAAGUAUGUUAAAAAGCUACUUUUCUGUGUUGGAAUGGUGUGGGCGUACCCCAACAACAGAAUGUUGUGGGCGUAUACCGGUCAUAAAAAAUAUUCAUACGAGUAGACCGCUAAUUGGCCAGCUCAGCCAAGGCAGUAUGACAUCAUUCUCUAUGAGGAAGUAGCAAGCAUUUUUUAAAUGGUCUGUUUGAGAUACAAGUUUGAGGCAGAGGAGGCUGGUGGGAGGAGCUAUAGGAGGACGGGCUCAUUGUAAUGGCUGGAAUGAAAUCAAUGCAACAGUAUCAAACAUAUGGAAACUCCAUUUAUUCCAGCCAUUGUAAUGAGCCCGUCCUCCUAUAGCUCCUCCCACCAGCCUCCAACCUGAAUCUCAAACAGACCGUUUUUGUUUUGUUGAAAUAUUUUGAGAUCUGGCCACAGACCCCACUUUGAGAACCCCUGGUAUAUUAUAUAGUCUUUAUGGCUGUGUGCAAGGUGAACAGCUGUUAUGGCAUUGCAUGCUAGAGCAUACUGGGCGUGCAGUCAGCAGGAUUAGGUCCAGGUUAGGUUCGGUCCAAAUUCUACUUUUCUUUAUUUUGUUAUUCUGUCCUUCCUUCCUUCCAAUCCUUGGAUUGGUCAGAGCAAUAUAGUUGAGAGCCCGAGAUUGAGCGUGAAUAUGACUAGGUGAAGUAUAUUUACCAUAUUGGUUUCCCAUUAGACAAUCCUUGCACCCGUAGUGUGCACUUGUGCACUCCUCCCAGUGCAUUUCAAAUAAUUGGAUUGGUGCUUGAAAGUAAGUUAACAAGUGCACACUUUGGGCAGAAGAGUAUAGAAUUGGGACGUUGAAAGGCUUGUGUGCUCUUGCACUAACCUCCAUUUCUCUGUGUUGUCCACCAGGGGGAGCAAGCCCACUUUGAGUUCCUGUCCCACUCGUUUCACUCCAACAUCAUCACAGGCCUGUCCAUCUGCAUCCGCAAGCCCCUUAUCGCAACAUGCUCCCUGGACCACUCCGUACGCAUCUGGAACUUUGAGACCAAGUAAGAAAUUAUCUCUUUGCUUUUCAAUGGGAAAAAUGUAAAUGGGAAUUUUCAGUUCACUUCCUGAACUGACUGAAUUGAAAUGGAAUCAACCCCAACUGUGUUCUCCAUUAGUGUACGUCUGUUGUCUCUAGGUUAUAUAUUUCAGCGCUUUUCAUUCCAUUCUAUUCAUACUGUGGGACGAAACCUGAGAACAGGGUGACCUCAUGUCCCGGAUUUUGUGGGACAGUCCCGCAUUUUGGCCCAUUGUCCCGCGUCCCGCAACCAAACAGUCAUGUCCCGCAUUUUAUCAACAAAUUAAAACACCACUAAUGUACGGAUUUUUUUUAAACAAAUGUAUAUUCAUGUAGGCUACACUCUUGUUGUCCCACAUUUGAGUAUUUUAAAUGUGGUCACCCGACUUGAGAAACCUACGCUCAAUUCAAACUUUAGUGAAAAUCUCCUAUUGGCUCCAAAGCAUGAUUUGCACAAAAUGGAUUUGCACAAAAUUGAUUUACACGAAAUUGAUUUUCACGAAAUUGAUUUGCACAAAAAGGUACUUACUUACUCCUCCUGGAGCAUAGCCCAUCAACAACAGCUUUAUGCUAAUGGUGUAUUAUAUAUAAGAGUGUUUUCCUCCUGCCUGUGUCAGUGUGCUGGAGCUACAUAAGGAGUUCCAGGAGGAGGCCUUCAGCGUAGCCCUGCACCCCUCUGGUCUCUUCAUCCUGGUGGGCUUCUCAGACAAGCUGCGCCUCAUGAACCUGCUCAUCGACGAUGUUAGGACCUUCAAGGAGUUCACUGUCAGGGGCUGCAGAGAGGUGGGGGAAGGAGUGUGUGGAGGGGUGUGUGGAGGGGUGUGUGGAGCGGUGUGUGGAGGGGUGGGGAGCGGUGUGUGGUGGGGUGUGUGGAGGGGUGUGUGGUGGGGUGUGUGGAGCGGUGUGUGGUGGGGUGUGUGGUGGGUGUGUGGGAUGGGUGUGUGGGGGGUGGUGUGGAGCGUGUGUGGAGGUGUGUGGUGGGGUGUGUGGUGGGGUGUAUUGUGAGGGUGUGUGGUUGGAAUGUGUAGGGUUGAAAAGGUCUGGCCUGUUGCUGCCGUGGUGGAGGGGCUGUAGGUGCACUCGGUCUUAUUUGUGUUGGUGUAUUUUGAGAGUGUCUGUGCGUGUGGGUGUGGAGACGUGGAGGUGUUGGGUGGUUGUGGAGGUGUUUGUGUGGGGGUUUGGAGGUGGGAUGCUGUUGUGGUGACGGUUGGUUGUGGGGUGGUGUGGGGGGUGUGUGUGGGGUGUGUGGUGGGUGUGUGGUGGGGCGGUGUGUGAGGGUGGAGCGUGUGUGGUGGGUUGUGGAGGGGUGUUGUGGUGUUGGAGGCGGUGUGUGGUGGUUGUGGUGGGGUGUUGAGGGGUGUGGUGUGGGGUGUGUGGAGCGGUGUGUGGGGUGUGGGGUGUGUGGGGUGUGUGGGGGUGGGGUGUGUGUGGGGUGUGUGGUGGGUGUGUGGUGGGUGUUGGUGGGGUGGUGGCGGUGUUUGGGGUGUGGGGUGUGGGGUGUGUGGAGGGUGUGUGUGGUGGUGUGUGGGGUGUGUGGGGGGUUUGGUGGGGUGUUGGAGGUGUGGGGUGUGUGGGGGGUGGUGGGUUGUGUGUGUUGGUGGGUUGUGUGUGGGUGGUGGUGUUGUGUGGGGUUUGUGGUUUGUGGGUCGGUGUGUUUGGUUGUGUGUGAGUGGGUUUGUGGUUGGUGUUGUUUUGUGGUGUUUUGUUUGUGGUUGUGGUUUGGUUUUUGUGUGUUUGUGUGUGUUGUGUGUUUGUUGGUUUUGUUUGUUUUUUGUGUUUUUUGGUUGUUUGUGUUGUUUUGGUUUUGUUUUUUUGUGUUUGGUUUUGGGUGUGGUUGUGUUGUUGGUGAGGGUUGGUGGGUUGGGGGAGUGGUGUGUGGAGGGUGUUGGGAGGGUGUGUGUGUGGUGUGGGUGGUGGGGUGUGUGGAGGGGGUGUGUGGAGGAGUGGGGAGCGGUGUGUGGAGGGGUGUGGAGGGGUGUGUGGAGGGGUGUUGGUGGGUGUGUGUGGUGGGGUGUGUGGAGGGGUGUGGAGGGUGUGUGUGAGGGUGUGUGGAGGGAUGUGUGGAGGAGUGGGAGCGGUGUGUGGAGGGUGUGUGGAGGGGUGUGUGGUGGGUGUGUGGAGGAGUGGGGAGCGUUGUGUGGAGGGGUGUGGAGGGGUGUGUGGAGGGGUGUGUGGUGGGGUGUGUGGAGGGGUGUGUGGAGGGUGUGUGGUGGGGUGUGUGGUGGGGUGUGUGGAGGGUGUGUGUGGAGGGUGUGUGGUGGGGUGUGUGAGGGUGUGGGAGGGUGUGUGUGGUGGUGUGUGGAGCGUUGUGUGGAGGGGUGUGUGUGGAGGUGUGGUGGGGUGUGUGGAGCGGUGUGGUGGGGUGUGUGGAGGAGUGUAUGGAGGGGUGUGUGUGUGUGUGUUACAAGGACUCAAUGUCAAAAUAAACUUCACUAUAGAUACUGUCAGACAAAUUAAAUGAAUGAAUAUUGUAUUGCGGUCAAUGGAAUUAUAAAACAUGUCUUGUUGCUUGUAUCUCUUUCUCUCUUCACAGUGUGCUUUCAGCCAUGGGGGACACAUGUUUGCUGCUGUCAACGGAAACGUCAUCCACAUCUACUCCUCCACUACAUUUGACAACCUCUUAAAUCUGAAGGGUCACAAUGGAAAGGUGUGUUGUUACCUGAGCAGGAAAAGCUGUGGUCCUAUAGUCACCAAACAUAACUUCCCCCAGAGACUGAAACCCUGCUGACUGUCGCUACUACACCUCUGUAUUGUCUGACUUGUUAUUGUGUAUAAAUGAUAUCAAAAUAAGUUACCGGUUUGUCUGUCAGGUGCGGGCCAUCGUGUGGAGCACGGACGACAGUCGCCUGGUGUCGUGCGGGAUGGACGGGGCCGUGUACGAGUGGAACACGCUGAACAGCAAGCGCGAGUCGGAGAGCGUUCUGAAGUCCUGCAGCUACACUGGCGUCACCAUCUCGCCUGAUGCCAAGACUAUCUUCGCCGUGGGGACAGACUGUACCCUGAAGGAGAUCCAAGAAUGUCAGGUGGGAUUGAGGUUAUACCCUCAGCUCAGGGUGGUUCCCUAGAUAAGAUCAGUUAAAACACUUUGUGCAAGAACUUGAGUCAAGUCUACAAAACUUAGUUUAGGAACUCUGUUCGUAACAAAUUGUAGUUUUGGGAAUAGAAAACUGCAUUUAGAUUGAAUGUUUCAUCCACAGAGAUCCAUUUCUAUGGUUUCAUGGAUGAGAAAAUGUGCAGAAUGUCAGCCCAGUUUCACCUUGCGUCCUCUUCUCCCUCUGCCUUGCCACUAUAAGGAGAGGAAGCCCCUAGUGGGAGUGACGUGGUGCUUUGUACUAGCCUAAUCCCAGAUCUGUUUGUGCUGUCUUGCCAACUAUGGUCAUAGGAGUUGAUGAGACAGCACAACCUUAUCUGGGGCCGGGCUUGUGCUUUGUACCAAUGUGGCAAACUGUUCUCAGAUCCUUAGGGAGGUGGCAGCGGACGACGUGGCCUACACCACCAUCGCAAUGUCCCGCUCGGGACGGAUGCUCUUCGCAGGGACCUCCAUUGGAACCGUCAGGGCCAUCAAGUACCCUCUAUCCACACAGAAAGACUGGAUCGAGUACCAGGCCCACUCAGGGGCUGUCACCAGGGUGGGUGUGUGAUGUUUUGCCCAAUCCCAGAACAUUCAAUUGUGGCGUACCUGCAAGAUCUGUUUGUGCUGACUCCUUUGGUCAUUGCCAUGUAAACGACGACUACCAUAGGAUUUGACGAUACAGCACAAACAGAUCUGGGAAAGUCCAAAUCUUGCAGAUCAGUUGAUGCUUGAUCUAUGAUAUCUCGGGCCAGACUUCAUUUGAAGUGAAAGCAAAUCAAAUCAACGCAACUGUAUGGACAUUUAUCACGCUCUCAUUUCUGCUCUCAUUUCCCCAGUGGAUUUCCCCCAUCAUGUACAUGUAGCUGCCAAAAUAAAGGAAACACUUGAGUAAAUGAGGGAUACAAAGUAUAUUGAAAGCAGGUGCUUCCACACAGGUGUGGUUCCUGAGUUAUUUAAGCAAUUAACAUCCCAUCAUGCUUAGGGUCAUGUAUAAACAUUUCCAGUUUGCCCAUUAUUUGGAAUACCAUGGCUAGAAGAAUAGAUCUCAGUGACUUCCAAAGAGGAGUCUCAAAGGAGCAUAGAGGGUUUAAAGGGUGUGUGUGUGUCUGUGUGUGUGUGUGUCUGUGUCUGUGUGUGUGUGUGUGUGUGUGUGUCUGUGUCUGUGUCUGUGUCUGUGUGUGUGUGUGUGUGGCUCAGUCACUAGAUCUCAACCCAACUGAACACUUACGGGAGAUUCUGGAACGGUGCCUGAGAUAGCGUUUUCCACCACCAUCAACAAAACACCAAAUUAUGGAAUUUCCCGUGGGAGAAUGAUGUCGCAUCCCUCCAAUAGAGUUCCAGACACUUGUAGAAUCCAUGCCAAGGUGCAUUGAAACUAUUCUGGCUCGUGGUGGCCCAACGCCCUACUAAGACACUUUAUGUUGGUGUUUCCUUUAUUUAUUAUGGCAGUUACCGGUACAUUGUACAGUAAAGUCUACUGAAUGAACCAAUCUAAAUAAUGAUGAUCACGUUGGUCUUGUUCACUAAUGAGAAAAUGUUUCAUAAUGGAGUGAAACAGGGAGGUACCACCUGAACUCUUCCGAUAAGAACACCAAUUUCCAUUUUUCCUUGCAAAACAUUUUUGCUAUGAUGUGCCCUACUGAACACAACCUAGGACCGUGUCCAUUAGUUUUAAAACGUUUCGCAAUGGGAAAGCGAAAAAUAAGCAUUUAUUUUCCAGGUAGUCAUUUCCUGUUUCAGUCCGUUUUCCUUCCAUUUGGUGCCUAAUCAACAUCUACCUCUCUGACCUUUUCCCAGUCUAUUCCCACUCCCUUCACUCCUCCUCUGCUGGUUUCCUUGUCUCCCCCCCAUUCCGUCUCGCCACCAUGGGUGCCCGGGCCUUCAGCUGCUCUGCCCCCAGGCUCUGGAAUACACCCCCCACACACAUACAACAUUCAGACACAGUCAUCUCAUUCAAAAACCUAAUAAAAACACACCUCUUCAAGGAUGCCUGUAACCUAUAGUCUGUGUUGUAUGAUUGACUCUGUUCUACCCCACCCCCCCUUCUGUGCAUUCUCAGUAACCCUUACCCUAAACCGGGUUUGUAUGCUAUUCCCAACCCCUCCAUCCUCUUUUUUAUCUGUCCUGUUUAGUCUGGUCCUUUGAUUUACAUUUUACUUUGAUUGAUGCAAUUGAUUUUAUAUACUGAUAUAAAAUCAAUUGCAUCAAUUAUACUCCUGAGUGGCGCAGUGGUCUAAGGCACUGCAUCGCAGUGCUAACUGUGCCACUAGAUCCUGGUUCGAAUCCAGGCUCUGUCGCAGCCGGCCGCUACCGGGAGACUCAUGGGCGGCGCACAAUUGGCCCAGCGUUUUCCAGGGUAGGGGAGGGAAUGGCCGGCAGGGAUGUAGCUCAGUUGAUAGAGCAUGGCGUUUGCAACGCCAGGGUUGUGGGUUCGAUUCCCACGGGGGGCCAGUAUAAAAAAUAAUAUGUAUUCACUAACUGUAAGUCGCUCUGGAUAAGAGCGUCUGCUAAAUGACUAAAAUGUAAAUGUAAUACUGCACUUGGCUUUAUGUAGGCCUACUGUUAAUAUAAGAUCUCCUUGAGUACCCUGACAGGCGUCCACCAAAUAAAAUGUAUUAUUAUAAUUAUUAUUACCCUGUCCCUACUCAGAUGGUGAUCACGUUUGACGACCAGUACCUGCUGACGGUGUCUGAGGACGGCUGUCUGCUCAUCUGGAAGAUCAUAGACAAGGAGGGCCGCAGCCUGAAGAGAGACAAGGAGAUCACCUACGCUGAGGAGAUCCUCAUUACCAAGUCAGACCUGGAGGAGAAGGUGCUGGUCAUGACGGAGUAGCUGUUGAUUAUGGAGAAAAGAGAGAGAGAGAGAGAAAAUAGAGUUAAAACACUUGCAUGUCUUUUGAGUUACAUCUGGUUUGCCCAUUGCUACUAAUGCUUUGAGUUACAUGCCUGCAGUAGGACUAUGUAAAUGGUUAUCUUGAUCGUAGUCUGUAGGUUGUUGCUCUUGAUCAUUCAUUGCCUUCCUACUCUCUGUCCCCCCCAAUAAACUCUACUCUGUUAUAUUCUACUCUGUUCUAUUCUACUGUUCUAUUCUACUCUGUUCUAUUCUACUGUUCUAUUCUACUCUGUUCUAUUGUCUACUGUUCUAUUCUACUCUGUUCUAUUGUACUGUUCUAUUCUAAUGUUCUCUUCUUACUCUGUUCUUUCUAUGUUCUAUUAUAGGUUCGAUUCUACUGUUCUAUUUAUACUUGUUCUAUUCUACUGUUUCUAUUCUACUGUUCUAUUCUACUGUGUUCUAUUCUACUGUUCUAUUCUACUCUUUCUAUUCUACUACUCGUUCUAUUCAUCUGUUCUAUUCUACUGUUCUAUUCUACUGUUCUAUCUACUUGUUAUUUACUGUUCUAUUCUACUCUGUUCUAUUCUACUGUUCUAUUCUACUGUUCUAUUCUACUGUUCUAUUCUACUGUUCUAUUCUACUGUGUUCUAUUCUACUGUUCUAUUCUACUGUGUUCUAUUCUACUGUUCUAUUCUACUCUGUUCUAUUCUACUCUGUUCUAUUCUACUCUGUUCUAUUCUACUGUUCUAUUCUACUGUUCUAUUCUACUCUGUUCUAUUAUACUGUGUUCUAUUCUACUGUGUUCUAUUCUACUGUUCUAUUUACUCUGUUCUAUUCUACUCUGUUCUAUUCUACUGUGUUCUAUUCUACUGUUCUAUUCUACUACUGUUCUAUUCUAACUGUUCUAUUCUACUGUUCUAUUCUACUCUGUUCUAUUUAUUACUCUGUUCUAUUCUACUGUGUUCUAUUCUACUGUUCUAUUCUACUCUGUUCUAUUCUACUCUGUUCUAUUCUACUGUGUUCUAUUCUACUGUUCUAUUCUACUCUGUUCUAUUCUACUGUUCUAUUCUACUGUUCUAUUCUACUGUGUUCUAUUCUACUGUUCUAUUCUACUUGUUCUAUUCUACUGUUCUAUUCUACUCUGUUCUAUUCUACUCUGUUCUAUUCUACUCUGUUCUAUUCUACUGUUCUAUUCUACUGUUCUAUUCUACUCUGUUCUAUUAUACUGUGUUCUAUUCUACUGUGUUCUAUUCUACUGUUCUAUUCUACUCUGUUCUAUUCUACUCUGUUCUAUUCUACUGGUUCUAUUCUACUGUUCUAUUCUACUCUGUUCUAUUCUACUGUUCUAUUCUACUGUUCUAUUCUACUGUUCUAUUCUACUGUUCUAUUCUACUGUUCUAUUCUACUGUUCUAUUCUACUCUGUUCUAUUCUACUCUGUUCUAUUCUACUGUUCUAUUCUACUGUUCUAUUCUACUUGUUCUAUUCUAUACUCGUUCUAUUCUACUGUGUUCUAUUCUACUGUUCUAUUCUACUGUUCUAUUUACUCUGUUCUAUUCUACUCUGUUCUAUUCUACUUGUUCUAUUCUACUUGUUCUAUUCUACUUGUUCUAUUCUACUGUUCUAUUCUACUCUGUUCUAUUAUACUGUGUUCUAUUCUACUGUGUUCUAUUCUACUGUUCUAUUCUACUCUGUUCUAUUCUACUCUGUUCUAUUCUACUCUGUUCUAUUCUACUGUUCUAUUCUACUCUGUUCUAUUCUACUGUUCUAUUCUACUGUUCUAUUCUACUGUGUUCUAUUCUACUGUUCUAUUCUACUGUGUUCUAUUCUACUGUUCUAUUCUACUCUGUUCUAUUCUACUCUGUUCUAUUCUACUCUGUUCUAUUCUACUGUUCUAUUCUACUGUUCUAUUCUACUCUGUUCUAUUAUACUGUGUUCUAUUCUACUGUGUUCUAUUCUACUGUUCUAUUCUACUCUGUUCUAUUCUACUCUGUUCUAUUCUACUGUGUUCUAUUCUACUGUUCUAUUCUACUCUGUUCUAUUCUCUGUUCUAUUCUACUCUGUUCUAUUCUACUGUUCUAUUCUACUGUUCUAUUCUACUGUUCUAUUCUACUCUGUUCUAUUCUACCCUGUUCUAUUCUACUCUGUUCUAUUCUACUGUUCUAUUCUAUUUGUUCUAUUCUAUCUACUGUGUUCUAUUCUACUGUUUCUAUUCUAUCUGUUCUAUUCUACUGUUCUAUUCUACUCUGUUCUAUUCUACUGUUCUAUUCUACUGUUCUAUUCUACUCUGUUCUAUUCUACUGUUCUAUUCUACUCUGUUCUAUUCUACUGUUCUAUUCUACUGUUCUAUUCUACUGUUCUAUUCUACUCUGUUCUAUUCUACAUCUGUUCUAUUCUACUGUUCUAUUCUACUGUUCUAUUCUACUGUUCUAUCUACUGUUCUAUUCUAUUUGUUCUAUUCUAUACUCUGUUCUAUUCUACUCUUUCUAUCUUCAUUCUACGUUCUAUUCUACUGUUCUAUUCUACUUGUUCUAUUCUACUCUGUUCUAUUCUACUCUGUUUUUCUGUAUUCUACUAUGUUCUAUUCUACUGUUCUAUUCUACUCUUCUAUUCUACUCUGUUCUAUUCUACUGUUCUAUUCUACUCUGUUCUAUUCUACUGUUCUAUUCUACUGUUCUAUUCUACUGUUCUAUUCUACUUGUUCUAUUCUACUGUUCUAUUCUACUGUUCUAUUCUACUCGUUCUAUUCUAUUUGUUCUAUUCUACUCUGUUCUAUUCUACUGUUCUAUUCACUGUUCUAUAUCUCUGUUCUAUUCUACUCUGUUCUAUUCUACUGUUCUAUUCUACUACUGUUCUAUUCUACUGUUCUAUUCUACUGUUCUAUUCUACUGUUCUAUUCUACUGUUUCUAUUCUACUGUUCUAUUCUACUCUGUUCAUCUAGUUCAUUCUAUGUCUAUUCUACUCUGUUCUAUUCUACUGUUUCUAUUCUACUGUUUAUUCUACUGUCUAUUCUACUGUUCUAUUCUACUAUGUUUCUAUUCUACUGUUCUUUCUACUGUUCUAUUCUACUUGUUCUAUUUCUAUACUGUUCUAUUCUACUGUUCUAUUCUACUCGUUUCUAUUCUAACUGUUCUAUUCUACUCUGUUCUAUCUACUGUUCUAUUCUACUGUUCUAUUCUACUCUGUUCUAUCUACUAUUGUUCUAUUCUACUGUUCUAUUCUACUGUUUCUAUUCCUACUGUUCUAUUCUACUGUUCUAUUCUACUCUGUUCUAUUCUACUGUUCUAUUCUACUGUUCUAUUCUCUAUGUCUAUUCUACUGUUUUUAUCUAACGUUCUAUUCUACUGUUCUAAUUCUACUCUGUUCUAUUCUACUGUUCUAUUCUACUCUGUUCUAUUCUACUGUUCUAUUCUACUGUUCUAUUCUACUGUUCUAUUCUACUCUGUUCUAUUCUAUUGUUCUAUUCUACUCUGUUCUAUUCUACUGUUCUAUUCUACUCUGUUCUAUUCUACUGUUCUAUUCUACUGUGUUCUAUUCUACUGUUCUAUUCUACUCUGUUCUAUUCUACUGUUAUAUUCUACUGUUCUAUUCUACUCUGUUCUAUUCUACUGUUCUAUUCUACUGUUCUAUUCUACUCUGUUCUAUUCUACUCUGUUCUAUUCUACUGUCUAUCUACUGUUCUAUUCUACUGUUCUAUUCUAUCUGUUCUAUUUACUGUUCUAUGUUAUUACUCUGUUCUAUUCUACUGUUCUAUUCUACUGUUCUAUUCUACUCUGUUCUAUUCUACUGUUCUAUUCUACUGUUCUAUUCUACUCUGUUCUAUUCUACUGUUUUCUAUUCUACUGUUCUAUUCUACUGUGUUCUAUUCUACUGUUCUAUUCUACUCUUUCUAUUCUACUGUUCUAUUCUACUCUGUUCUAUUCUACUUGUUCUAUUCUACUGUUCUAUUCUACUGUUCUAUUCUACUCUGUUAUAGUCUACUGUUCUAUUCUACUCUGUUCUAUUCUACUGUUCUAUUCUACUCUGUUCUAUUCUACUGUUCUAUUCUACUGUUCUAUUCUACUGUUCUAUUCUACUCUGUUCUAUUCUAUUGUUCUAUUCUACUCUGUUCUAUUCUACUGUUCUAUUCUACUGUUCUAUUCUACUCUAUUAUAUUCUACUUUAUUCUAUUGUAACAGAACCAGAUCAUGAUGGAGCUGAAUACCCGUGUGGAGGAGCUGAAGAUGGAGAAUGAGUACCAGCUGCGCCUGAAGGACAUGAACUACAACGAGAAAAUCAAGGACCUCUCAGAGAAGUUUGUCCAAGAGAUCGAAUCCCUCAAGACCAAAAACCAGGUACAACUGACUCACACAGUGUCAGUUUGUUGCUUGACCCAUAGUUGCGGGCUGUGGUACAGGUUUCUGGGACAAACUAUCACUGGGAUAUGCUGUGGCUAGAGCGCUGUGUUGCACACGCAUUGCAGCAAUUGUUCUACAGUAGCACGGCACAGACUAACCUUUUAGAGUCUGCACCUGCUUACUGAUGAGGCUUGAUACUGUAUGGACCUGCUUACUGAUGAGGCUUGAUACUGUAUGGACCUGCUUACUGAUGAGGCUUGAUACUGUAUGGACCUGCUUACUGUUGAGGCUUGAUACUGUAUGGACCUGCUUACUGUUGAGGCUUGAUACUGUUGAGGCUUGAUACUGUUGAGGCUUGAUACUGUAUGGACCUGCUUACUGAUGAGGCUUGAUACUGUAUGGACCUGCUUACUGUUGAGGCUUGAUACUGUCUGCACCUGCUUACUGUUGAGGCUUGAUACUGUCUGCACCUGCUUACUGUUGAGGCUUGAUACUGUCUGCACCUGCUUACUGUUGAGGCUUGAUACUGUUGAGGCUUGAUACUGUUGAGGCUUGAUACUGUUGAGGCUUGAUACUGUUGAGGCUUGAUACUGUUGAGGCUUGAUACUGUUGAGGCUUGAUACUGUAUGCACCUGCUUACUGUUGAGGCUUGAUACUGUUGAGGCUUGAUACUGUUGAGGCUUGAUACUGUUGAGGCUUGAUACUGUUGAGGCUUGAUACUGUAUGCACCUGCUUACUGUUGAGGCUUGAUACUGUUGAGGCUUGAUACCGUAUGCACCUGCUUACUGUUGAGGCUUGAUACUGUUGAGGCUUGAUACUGUAUGCACCUGCUUACUGUUGAGGCUUGAUACUGUUGAGGCUUGAUACCGUAUGCACCUGCUUACUGUUGAGGCUUGAUACUGUUGAGGCUUGAUACUGUCUGCACCUGCUUACUGUUGAGGCUUGAUACUGUUGAGGCUUGAUACUGUAUGCACCUGCUUACUGUUGAGGCUUGAUACUGUUGAGGCUUGAUACUGUAUGCACCUGCUUACUGUUGAGGCUUGAUACUGUUGAGGCUUGAUACUGUUGAGGCUUGAUACUGUUGAGGCUUGAUACUGUAUGCACCUGCUUACUGUUGAGGCUUGAUACUGUUGAGGCUUGAUACCGUAUGCACCUGCUUACUGUUGAGGCUUGAUACUGUUGAGGCUUGAUACUGUCUGCACCUGCUUACUGUUGAGGCUUGAUACUGUUGAGGCUUGAUACUGUAUGCACCUGCUUACUGUUGAGGCUUGAUACUGUUGAGGCUUGAUACUGUUGAGGCUUGAUACUGUUGAGGCUUGAUACUGUUGAGGCUUGAUACUGUUGAUGCUUGAUACUGUCUGCACCUGAGAGUGUAGUGAACAUGGGGACUAAACCCAAACAUGCUGAUAUCCAGAUAAAAUACAACUAUUGAAUCGAGGCUGGUGAACUGCACUACAUUUAAAUAGGUUUUUUAAUACUGUUCACUGGGCCUUGAAACGGGCCUAGAAACUUACCUGAACUCUAUUAGGCCUAAUGCAGGAAACUGUUUGUGAGCACUAUACUACAGUGGAGAGUGAAUUUGAGUUGAAGGUGAAUAGGUUUUUAGCAGGCUACUCGAAGAACAGAUAUCUGUUUUCCUGUGAGUGAAGAAGCUAGACGAGCGCAUUGUGCAGACUACAUCUCCUAUAUGAAAGCAGAUAUUUGUUCUUCAAUGUAGUCUGCUAAAAGCAGAUUCAAUCUCAACUAUUGCUUAUUUCUCACAAACAAACAUUACUGUUUACUCUAAUGCAGCACCUGAUAUGGGACAAAUGUGCAGAUGUUUGUAUGUCAACACUCAAUACAUUUUCCUUUGAGAGAACACUUCAUUCAGGGUCAUGGUCCAUCCGUUGUGCUUAUAUAGACAUGCAUAUUCAUAGCCUAUAUGUGUAUAUGUUUAUAUACAUAUUUAGUUGCAGACCUGGCUACAAAUACUAUUUGAAAUCAUUUCGAAUACUCUUAUCUGGGCUUGACUGAGCUUCCCUGUUUUAAUAGAACCAGUAGAAAAAGUCAAAUAAAUGACAAACCCGCCCACCUGGCCCUCCAGACAGCCUAAAGCAAACACUAAUUGAUCAAGAUAAUUGAACCCAGGUCUGAUCUGUUGUGUUGCAGGUCCUGAAAACGGAGAAGGAGAAGCAGGAGUUGUCCCACCUGGAGGUCAUGGGGGAGGUCGUGGAGAAACACUCGAGAGAACAGCAGGAUUUCGGUGACAGAGGAGGAAAAGAUCUACGCAAUCACACUUGAAUGCAAUUUCUUAAAAGAAACUUGAAUCUAAAAAAUAUUCUGAAACCGUAUGACCUUACCUGAAUGUAACCUCUUAAUAGUUUACAACAGAACUCAUUUAACAGAAUAUUAAGAGUCAAGUUUUGUAUUCAAUAACCCCGCUGGGCCCCUUAUUUUACUGCAACAUUUGCACACUCAUAAACGCACACCCUCCACGAGGAGUGGGUUUGAUUCCCGCAUGGGCCACACCAUAAGGUGUAAACUGUAGGCUGUUUAAGGUAAAGGCGUCUGUUAGAGGAACAUAUCAUCAUCUUCUUCAUUCCCCAGAGUCGACCAGUAACCAGAAGCUGAUGCUGGAGUACGAGAAGUACCAGGAGCUGCAGCUCAAGUCGCAGCGCAUGCAGGAGGGCUACGAGCGGCAGCUGCAGGCCAUGGAGGACAGCAAGGGCCGCGCCCUGGAGGAGCUCACCCUCUUCUACGAGGCCAAGCUCCAGGAGAAGAUGCUCAUGCUGGGCCAGGUGAGGGCGGAUGAGGGGGUAGGGGGUAGGGACUGGGGGGUCUGGGGGUGGGCGGAGGGCUCUAGGGGGUACCCUGGAGGAGCUCACCCUCUUCUACCAGGCCGAGCUCCAUCACAAACACAACUGUCAUCAACGAUACUACUCUAGAAAAGAGGAAACUCAGGGCUUGGGAUUGUUGACCAAUCACGUCCACGUUGUCAUGCUGCAUCAUACGGUUGGUACUGUGGCUGUUUGGAUAUUUCAACUACGGCGGGUAAAGCGGAACACACUACGGUAGGCUAUAGCGAAUAUAACACACCUACAUCAAACCACACCCCCAAAACAGCUCUCGCUCAUGGCUUCUUGCAUUUCUUAAUGAGCAGGCGGAAAAGCCAUGUUCAGCCCCUCUUUAAGCUUAUCAUUUUGGUGUAUCUGAGUUCUGUGUUGUGUGCGUGUGCAUGGAUGCUUGUGUGUGUGUGUCUCAGUGUCAGGAUGAGUCCAGGCAGCAGGUGAGGGAGUUUGAGGAGUCCAAGAAGCAGAUGGAGGAGGACGGAGACCGGGAGAUCCAGGACAUCCGCAUCAAGUAUGAGAGGAAGCUACGGGAAGAGAAAGAGAUCAACCUGCGCCUGAAGGGAGAGACGGGCAUCAUGAGGAAAAAGGUGAAUGCAAAAUAAACAGUCAUCUUCACUCUUUCGUUCCCCAGUCGUAUAAUAACUUUAAUCCACUCAUCAUGUAAAAACCAGAACACAAAAAAACAGUGAACACAAUGACUUCUCCAGUCCUCUAAUGUCUUUGAUGAAAUACAGUAUGUUAUAGAAUGUGGUCCUCUGUAGCUCAGCUGGUAGAGCACGGCGCUUGUAACGCCAAGGUAGUGGGUUCGAUCCCCGGGACCACCCAUACACAAAAAUGUAUGCACGCAUGACUGUAAGUCGCUUUGGAUAAAAGCGUCUGCUAAAUGGCAUAUUAUUAUAUUAUUAUUAUAGCUUCCACAUACAGUAUGUUAUAGCUUCCACAUACAGUAUGUUAUAGCUUCCACAUACAGUAUGUUAUAGCUUCCACAUACAGUAUGUUAUAGCUUCCACAUACAGUAUGUUAUAGCUUCCACAUACAGUAUAGGCUGCUACAAUAUAUUCUAUCUAUGAAAUAUCUAUUCUAUAAUCUAUAGAAUCUCCACUUCUCAUUCACACCCUUUGAAGCAUGUCUUAUUCUCUCUCCGGUCCCCCCCUCUGUCUUCUCCCCUCUCUGUCUUCUCUCUCCGGUCCCCCUCUCUGUCUUCUCUCCUCUCUGUCUUCUCUCUCCUGUCCCCCGUCUCUGUCUUCUCCCCUCUCUGUCUUCUCGCUCCGGUCCACAUCUCUGUCUUCUCUCUCCGGUCCCCCUCUCUGUCUUCUCUCUCCGGUCCCCGUCUCUGUCUUCUCUCUCCGGUCCCCCGUCUCUGUCUUCUCUGUCUGGUCCCCCUCUCUGUCUUCUCUCUCCGGUCCCCGUCUCUGUCUUCUCUCCUCUCUGUCUUCUCUCUCCGGUCCCCGUCUCUAUCUUCUCCCCUCUCUGUCUUCUCUCUCCGGUCCCCCUCUCUGUCUUCUCCCCUCUCUGUCUUCUCUCUCCGGUCCCCGUCUCUGUCUUCUCCCCUCUCUGUCUUCGCUCUCCGGUCCCCCUCUCUGUCUUCUCUCUCUGGUCCCUGUCUCUGUCUUCUCUCUCCGGUCCCCCUCUCUGUCUUCUCUCUCCGGUCCCCCUCUCUGUCUUCUCUCUCUGGUCCCCGUCUCUGUCUUCUCCCCUCUCUGUCUUUUCUCUCCGGUCCCCCUCUCUGUCUUCUCUCUCCGGUCCCCCUUUCUGUCUUCUCUCUCCGGUCCCCCUCUCUGUCUUCUCCCCUCUCUGUCUUCUCUCUCCGGUCCCCCUCUCUGUCUUCUCUCUCCGGUCCCCUGUCUCUAUCUUCUCCCCUCUCUGUCUUCUCUCUCCGGUCCCCCUCUCUGUCUUCUCCCCUCUCUGUCUUCUCUCUCCGGUCCCCCUUUCUGUCUUCUCUCUCCGGUCCCCUGUCUCUGUCUUCUCCCUUCUCUGUCUUCUCUCUCCGGUCCCCUGUCUCUCUCCGGUCCCUCUCUCUGUCUUCUCUCUCCGGUGCCCUGUCUCUCUCCGGUCCCCCUCUCUGUCUUCUCUCUCCGGUCCCCCUCUCUGUCUUCUCCCCUCUCUGUCUUCUCUCUCCGGUCCCCCUCUCUGUCUUCUCUCUCCGGUCCCCUGUCUCUGUCUUCUCCCUUCUCUGUCUUCUCUCUCCGGUCCCCCUUUCUGUCUUCUCUCUCCGGUCCCCUGUCUCUGUCUUCUCCCUUCUCUGUCUUCUCUCUCCGGUCCCCUGUCUCUCUCCGGUCCCCCUCUCUGUCUUCUCUUUCCGGUCCCCUGUCUCUGUCUUCUCCCUUCUCUGUCUUCUCUCUCCGGUCCCCUGUCUCUCUCCGGUCCCCUGUCUCUGUCUUCUCUCUCCGGUCCCCCUCUCUGUCUUCUCUCUCCGGUCCCCUGUCUCUAUCUUCUCCCCUCUCUGUCUUCUCUCUCCGGUCCCCCUCUCUGUCUUCUCCCCUCUCUGGCAUGACAGUUCAGCAGCCUGCAGAAGGACAUAGACGAGCGCAAUGUGGAGAUUGAGAAGCUGAGGGUGGAGCAGCAGAAGCUGCGGGGGGUCAUCAAGUCCCUGGAGAAGGACAUCCUGGGCCUGAAGAAAGAGAUCCAAGAGAGGGACGAGACCAUCCAGGAUAAGGUGGGUGGUGGGUGGCUGCGGGGGGGAUGGAGUGGGAACAGGGACUAAAGGACCCUAGGCUAUGGGAGGGUUAGAAUAGCACAUUGUGGGCCUGAAGAAGGAGAUCCAGGAGAGAGACGAGACCAUCCAAGUCAAAGUGGGGAUGGACAAGGUCAUGUUCAUUAGGCACCAAACAGAAGAAAAGGGACUGAGACAGGGAAAAAGAAAUGUUGUUUUUUGUUUUCCCUUUGAAAACAUUUUUUAACAGAAAAACUAAACAUGACCUAGGACACGUUCUGUAUAGGGGGCUAUUGUGUAUUGGAUGUAUUGGGUCCCCCUUCUAACACCAGUUAUUGGUAGGGAGACGAGACACAGACUAUGUUAGCUUCUUCUUCUGGAACAUCUUUACUGAAAUACAACUGAAAAUGUUGUAAAUAAUUCUUCUUUCAUAACCCAUUAAGGUCCUCACCUUAAAGGCACCUAAUGUACAGAGUAUCAACAUCCUGAGACAUUUGUAAAUCUGUUUUUUUAGGGGGGUGCAAUUGCCCUAAUGGGUGUUCAAAUUGUGUUCAAUUUAUUUCAAUGUGUUCAAAUUAUUUCAAUUUCAAUAGAAAAGUACAGACAUUUAAUGAUUAAAAAAAGAGAAUACCCUUCUUUCUAAUCACAUCAUCCAAAAUAUUAAUUGAUGUUCAUCACACAUUUGUUAAAACAAUAGUUUCCUAAAAUGACAAAUACACUACACUGAGUGGACAAAACAUUAGGAACACCUGCUCUUUCCAUGACAUAGACUGACCAGGUGAAUCCAGGUGAAAGCUAUGAUCCCUUAUUCAUUUGUUAAAUCCACUUCAAUCGGUAUAGAUGAAGGGGAGGAGACAAGUUAAAGAAGGAGUUUUAAGCCUUGAGACAAUUGAGACAUGGAUUAUGUAUGUGUGUAUGGUAGUAGGUGCCAGGCACACCGGUUUGUGUCAAGAACUGCAACGCUGCUGGGGUUUUCACGCUCAACAGUUUCCCAUGUCUAUCAAGAAUGUUCCACUACCCAAAGGACAUCCAGCCAACUUGACACAACUGUGGGAAACUUUGGAGUCAACAUGGGCCAGAAUCCCUGUGGAACGCUUUUGACACCUUGCAGAGUCGUUGCCCCGAUGAAUUGAGGCUGUUCUGAGGGCAGAGGGGGGGGGGGGGGGGGGGGGGGGGCUGUGCAACUCAAUAUUCGGAAAGUGUUCCUAAUGUUUGGUAAACUCAGUGUAUAUCUUAUGGAUAACUAGCAACAUUGCUAAAGCUUAGCUCUGGAUGAGUAAACUGAUAUAUUUGUAUAGUCUCUGACACCCAAAGGCAGUAAACUACUUGCUAGUUAUCAAUAAAAUUAAAUGUGGUAAGUUUGUAAUUUUAGUGAAAUACUCCUUCCAUUGAGGUUUUCCUAUUGAUAUAGAACAAGACAAACAGUCUCUCCUAAGGGCCUAAAACAUGAUCUAAGGCCCCUGUAUUUAGUAGUUUGGACCAUUCUUCAGAAAAAGUAGUGAAAAAAAAUCCAAGUAAUUAAAAAGAGGACCAGAACAUAUGAUAUGAAUAAUGAAGGAUGUAGGACUGUAAGGUUCUAUCUUCAAAUUGUAUAGUUUUGAGAUAAUGGGUAUUUUUCAAGUCCAGAUCUCAGAACUGUUUUGUGAUGUCUUCCUCUUUUUGACUCAAUAAGUAUAUCAACUGACAACCCAGCAUUGUGUGAUUGGAUUGCAGAUAGGACCUUUAAGCACCAAGUUAAAAGGUGUUUGCCCAGAUGGUCCUUUCAGAUUUUUAAUUUUUUCAUCGUAAAUGUACUUAUCUCACAUGUAAAGGACAGCCUAAAUGUGAAUAACUAAUUUUUGACCAAAAUGUCAGAUAUAACUACUACAGGUCACAAACUGUAGCUAUUGGGACAACAGAGAAACGUUUUGGGUUAUAAAAGAGGUAACAAAACUCCUUUCCCCCUUUGCAGGAGAAGAGAAUAUAUGACCUGAAGAAGAAGAACCAGGAGCUGGAGAAGUUCAAGUUUGUCCUGGACUACAAGAUCAAAGAACUGAAGAAACAGAUUGAGCCCAGAGAGAACGACAUCAAGGAGAUGAAGGAGCAGAUUCAAGAGGUGAGAGAAAGCUAGAUCUGGUUUUAGAUGGUCUCAGUGGUCCUUUGUUGCUCAGUUGGUAGAGUAUGGCGCAGUAUUCUUUAACCCGUCUCCUCCCCUUCAUCUACACUGAUUGAAGUGGAUUUAACAUCAAUAAAGGAUCAUAGCUUUCACCUGGAUUCACCUGGUCAGUCUAAUUCGCAGAAAGAGCAGGUGUUCUUAAUGUUUUGUACACUCAGUGUAUAAGUGGCAUGUAUUGUAGCACUCAUUGAGAUUGACUGGCCAAUGGAUGCUCUCUUUGUUAGAUGGAGGGCGAGCUGGACCAGGUCCACAAGAAGAACACUCAACUGGAGCUGAACAUCACUGAGCUGAGGCUCAAACUGAAAGCCACCGAUAAGGAGAUGCACAAGGAUAUGCAGAGGGUGAGAUAGACUGGAGGACGCCUGUCUGCUUUACAUGAGAAUCAGAGAGGUUUGGGGGAAUUAUGGGGAGAGCGAGAGAAGGCUCAAACUAAAUCUUUCCCUAAACCUCAUGAAAACACUGUACAUAGCAGAGCAUCUUAAAGAGACAUGGACAGUGACCACCGAUUCUAAAUGGACCCCUAGCCCCUACUGCAUAUGCACUUGUACACUAUGCAUGUCUUUAACUGCUAUGUACUGUAUAUUAUCAUGAGGUUUAAUGGAAGAGAUAGUUAGAGCAGAUGUCUCCAAAAUGUAGAUCCCCAGCUACCAGCUAUGAGUAGCUCACCAAUCUGUGUUCCAUCGCAAACUGUCAUAAACAUAAAACUCCCGGCUACUAUCCAAUCAAUGCCACAUUGACAUUAUCCCACCCCUGGUUAGACAUGUAACACAGUAUCUGCCAAUUAAUUUCCAGCAAUAUUGCCUCUGUCUGUCUGGUGCAAAUGCGCGCUUCAGGCCAUAUGUAGCCAGUUAGCUGUCUUGUUUGUAGACAGAAUGAAUUUCCCCCAUAAUCCUUCUCAGUUAAAUGUAAACUGCAAAGUAGGCUUUUCUGACAGAACUAUAUCAUGAUUAUUUGUAUCAAUUGGGUGGCGACUGUUUUGCUAACUCUGCCAUGACAUGUGCGGCAGCAGUAGGCCUAACAGCAGACACAUCGCUAGACCGAAACAUUCCUCUCCUGCUGGACGCACAAUUAAAGGGGAAAUACACUCAUAAAUCUAAAUGAUAUUUUUUUCAGACUGGAGAAAUGGUCAUCUGAUGUGAUUUAAGGGUUGGCAUGGACUCAGAACAUCCAUUUCCCUUUUUUCUCUAUGAAUAAUUGUAAUAUUGAGAGUAAAAAACUGAAAAACAGAAUUCGGGAAAGUACUAAAAAUUAUUUUAUGGGGCCUGUCAUGCAAAGUACUGUUUAUUAACCAUUAUAUUACCAGGUAUAUUGACGGAAAACGCAUAUCUUGUACACCAAGCUCCCGGGGAAGAGUUGCAGGGUAGAGAAGGAAAGAAUGGGCCUAUUUGAAAGCUAUAAAAAAAUUUUUUUGCCCGCAACGUUUCAUUUUUUAAAAGUUCUCAUGCUAGAAAAGGUUGGAGACCCCUGGCUUAGAGUAUAUAGGCCUAGUUCAAAGACAUAGCCCAAUGAUGUACAUAAACAAAGUAUAUGAAUAUGUCUGUCUAUGGUAAUUACAGAAACCAUCAUGGUGUACCCUUGCUCUCUUCACCCAGGUGAGGGACGUGGAGGCCCUGGUACGCAGGUUCAAGACAGACCUCCAUAACUGCGUAGGCUUCAUCCAGGAGCCCAAGAAACUCAAGGAUAGUAUCCGAGAGCUGUACGACCGCUACGUUCAGCAGAGUGAUGUGGUGAGAUGGCUAUACAUACCAGUGGACGCACACACACACACACACACAAACAUACAUAGAAUACACACACACACACACAUACAUACAUACAUACAUACAUACAUACACACAUAGAUACAUAGAUACAUACAUACACACUAAAAAGGAUCUGUGUGGAAGGUUAUGCCAGGACGAUCACACACGCAUACAUUACAUUUACAUUUUAGUCAUUUAGCAGACGCUCUUAUCCAGAGCGACUUACAGUUAGUGAGUGCAGACAUUUUCAUACUGGCCCCCCCGUGGGAAACGAACCCACAACCCUGGCGUUGCAAGCGCCAUGCUCUACCAACUGAGCUACAGGGGAAUACAUACACACACACACACACACACACACACUCAAGUGCUGCUCCACAUGCUGGCUCACAGACACACACUUAACACAGAUUAGUUGGAUGCAUUUCUAAACUGUUUUUCAUUUAGUACCACUUUAAGUGUAUGGAUUACCAGUUAGCUUCCGGCAUAAAUAUUCAGGAAACACAAAAAACACACCUGCUAGUAAAAUGAAUGUGUGUGUGUGUGUGCGUUGAGGUGGACAUAGUGGGUGUGGACGCAGACAUCCAGAGAGAGUACAGUCGUCAGAGGGAGCACCUGGAGAGGAACGUGGCGUCUCUGAAGAGGAAGCUGGCCAAAGACACAGAGGUCCACCGGACAGACAACGUCAAGAUCAUGAAGGUGGGAGGGAGAGACGCUCGUCAACACCAACCGAAGCCCUGUGGGCAAAAUGGGUUGAAAAGCCAUCUGGCUGAGGAGACAAUGCUUCAACGUGAAAACCAGGGUUGUGUUCAGUAGGGCACAUUGUAGCAAAACAUUUUGCAACGGAUAACGAAAAUCUGUUCUUAUUGGAUAAAUGUAGGUUGUACUUAACCGUUUCAAAAGGUUUCCCCCCUUGACUGAGUUUUCAACCAGAAAAUGAUGACGCCCACUACCCAAUUUUGAGAGUUGGGAAUUUAACUUCCAUUAUAUGUGGUUUAUUCACAUUCCAUAUUCCACUAAUUAAAUUCCACUGAUAUUUCAAAAUCCUAAAUUCAGUUUAGCACUGAUGUUCCGUUUCAUGUGUUUUUUACAGGAGAACGUGUCUCUGAUAAAGGAGAUCAAUGAUCUGAGGCGGGACCUGCGUCUGGUGAGGACUCAGGUCCACGACUAUAAGAGCCAAAUGGGCAUCAACAAAAAGAAACUGAGCUCCUCAGACCUCACCGGUGACUGGACCCCCACACACAACAAUAUCUGAUAUUCACUAAAACCCAGAUAACAGUUUGACCUGAGAGUUGAUCUGUUUCUACUUGUUUUAUCAGUUCAUCCUGCGUUCACAUGUCUAACCUUUAUUUGACCUUUUUGUUCUGUCUUCAAUAAUGAAAUCAUUUUUGGAAAAAACAUUCUGCAAACGCUUAGCUAGUAAAUUUCUCCUCUGUUCAUCUUCAAUAGUUUUGAGUGCGUUGUUGUUUCUAUGUAGUGAUGGAACAACUUCCCAUGCAUUCUAAAAUGAUCAAAUCAAUUAAUCAAUUAAUCAAUUAACGUUAAUGCAAGAAAAAGCAUGAUAUGACCCUCUUGACCUCUCGGUGUCACCGUAGUGUAAACCUCUGACCUCUGUGUCCCCAUAGCGCUGACCUCCGUGGAGUUGAAGGGGGGGAGCCUGGUGGCGAGGCUCAACUUCGAGGAGGAGGCAGAGCGUAUCAUCCAGCUGCAGCGCGUGGAGAUCCAGAGGCUGAAGAUGCAGGGCCAGGGCCACUCCCUAAGGCCCCCCUCUAGCAGCACCAAGCUGCCCGUACUCACCACUUGAUCCUGGGGGAGAGGAGGACCCGUACUCACCACUUGAUCCUGGGGGAGAGGAGGACACGUACUCACCACUUGAUCCUGGGGGAGAGGAGGACACGUACUCACCACUUGAUCCUGGGGGAGAGGAGGACCCGUACUCACCACUUGAUCCUGGGGGAGAGGAGGACCCGUACUCACCACUUGAUCCUGGGGGAGAGGAGGAGAGGAGGAGGGUGGGAGGGGCUGUGAUGGUUACCUGAGUUAAGAGUUAUUGGUUAAAAGCUAAAAGUUAUUGGUUCUCUUUAAAAUAUUUUAGCAGAGUUUGAUUGAGCUUGCCUGGCACAAUGGAGUAGAACAGACCUAAAAGUGCAAAUCCAGCAUUCCAGGUUGGCUCAAUCAAACGCUGAGCGAAAAAGAAAUACUAUUUGAACCCAGGUCUGAUUAGGGAUCCAGAAUGGACCCCACCUUGGUGGACAUGAGCUGUAAAUGUGGCAUAUACCCAAUGAACUACAUACAGGUAGAGAGACAUGUACUGAUUAUACAUGGUGGUAGUCAAGCUGAGGGCACCUAGCCUGGUCCCAGAUCAGUUUGUGCUGAUUUCCAUGACAAUGACCAUAGGAGUUGGCUAUACAGCACAAACUGAUCUGGGACCAGGCUAGAAGCCACCUGCAAACAACAGGGCCAGAUCAGGUGGUCUGUCCACAAUAUCUAUCACAGAGCUACAUUUACAUUUUAAUCAUUAAGCAGACACUCUUAUCCAGAGCGACUUAGUUAGUGAGUGCAUACAUUUUUUCAUACUGGUCCCCCGUGGGAAAACGAACCCACAACCCUGGCGGCGUUGCAAGCGCCAUGCUCUACAAACUGAGCUACACGGGACUACACACUGAGUGAAGCAUCAAAACACUCAAUUUCAAUGGUCAAAUACGAGCAGAGUGUAUUGUUAUUAUACAGUCAGGCAAUAAGAAGCUAUUUGUGUUGUAAAUAAAGAUUUUAACAUUUUCCUGAAAUAUGUGUUUGGGUGUUUGUUUUAUAUUACACGUCAUGUGUCGUGGGCGCGGCAGGAGUUGACUGUAGAAUAAAAUAAGUCUCUCAAAUAUGUAACAGUAUUCCACCUAGUUAUUUUGGAUACUUUCUUCUGAAGAACAAAACUUUCAACAUUUCAAGAAAUAAAAUUGCAACUUUGCUUCUAACCACUAAAAUAUACACAAAUAAAUCAGGAUGUUAAAGGAAAUGGUAUUUGUUGGUAGUAUAAAUAAAUACGCUUCAAUGUAAAUUCAUGAGACAAGUAUGAAAUGUGCUGCACAAUUGUUUACAAUUAUUAUUAUUAUUAGUAGUAGUAGUAGUUGUAUGUAUAUACAGUCUGAAGUGAGUAUAGAGAACAUGAUUACCAGUAAUAACAUAUGAUUCAUACAUACAUCAUUUUACAAAGUUAGAACCAUAGAGAUCCUAUUAAAUUACUAGAGGGGCUAUAAACCCUCAAAGUUUCAGAAUGGGUUGGGAGAAAUCCAAACCAGUCUAAUUGGAAUGAAUGGCAGUAGAGUUAUAGGUGAUGUAUUUCCUGCUUUUACUUAUGCAGGAAAAUAAAAGUAAGGCAUGUGAAUAUAUCAGAAAUUGUGUAAUAGAAUUGUUGUCAACCUAAAAUAUAGUCAGAAUUAUAAAUACAGUUUAUAUGGGUUUUAUACGAAUUUUCUGUAUAAAUAGCCUCUAAAAUAUAUGUAAACAGAACAUAAAUGUAAAAUAUAUAUAGAGUGCUAUUAUACGAUACAAUAUCAGUACUUGUUGCAUUUACAACUUGUCUAAGUCCAUCAUCAACAGAUUUCAGCCAGUGUAUGGCUGUGGAUUGACUGCAUUGUUUGAAUGGAAUGUUGGCAUAUUGGCAGUUAAUUUGAAUAGAUGAUGGAUUCAUUCCUCUAAAACUGUCUAUCUAGCUAACAAACAUACAGUGCAGAUACAAUUAUUUUAAUUCAUUAUUUUACACAAUAUCUUAUCACAGCACUGGCAAACCAUGGUUGACCAACUCCCUGACCUUUAUCCCAUCAUGGCCAUUCUAAUUAUAUGGUAGAAUUCUGUCUUUCGUUUCAUUACUUGUUUUAUCUCAGAGCUCUCCUUUCGGAAGACUUUUCCAUCCGCCUGCUUUUUCCAGCUCAGCUUGACGUCUUGAGACAUCCCCUUCUCCAUCAUGUUCUCCUUAUUUUAUUGUCUCUCGUGAUUACGAUCUUGUCUCAUCGCUGCAACUCCCCAAUGGACUCAGGAGAGGGGCGAAGGUCGAGUCAUGCGUCCUCCGAAACAUGACACGCCAAACCCGCUCGCUUAACCCGGAAGCCAGCUUCACCAAUGUGUUGGAGGAAACACCGUUCAACUGAAGACCGAGUUCAGCCUGCAGGGGCAGGCACCCGGCCCGCCACAAGGAGUCACUAGAGCGCGAUGAGCCAGGUAAAGCCCAGCCCGCCAAACCCUCCCCUAACCCGUACCGCCCUAUGGGACUCCUGGUCACAGCUGGUAAUGACACAGCGAACCCCAGGCUGUAGUGACGCAGCAACACUGCGAUGCAGUGCCUUAGGCCGCUGCGCCACUCAGGAGGCCACACCACGUUCUCCUUAAUCUAAAGAACAGAAGAAGUAUUCAGUUACUGAAUGCAUCUCCCUUACGAAAAUGUAUAUGACAAUUUUUACGGGAAAGUCCAUACAUAUAUAUAUAUAUUAUCAGAUCACUAAAAGCAAAACAAUUAUAUGUGUUAUAGUGAAUCUGAAAAUUAUAUUAUACUGAACAACAAUAUAAAACGCAACAUGAAACAAUUACAAUGGUUUUACAGUUAAUAUAAGAAAAUCAGUCAAUUUAAAUAAAUUCAUUAGGCCCUAAUCUAUGGAUUUCACAUGACUGGGCAGGGGCGCAGCCAUGGGUGGGCCUGGGAGGGCAUAGGCCCACCCACUGGGGAGCCAGGCCCAGCCAAUCAGAAUGAGUUUUUCCCCACAAAAGGGCUUUAUUACAUUCAAUUCUCUGGCAACAGCUCUGGUGGACAUUCCUGCAGUCAGCAUGCCAAUUGCAUGCUCCCUCAAAAUUUGGUAUCUGUGGCAUUGUGUUGUGUGACAAAACUGCACAUUUUAGAGUGGCCUUUUAUUGUCCCAAGCACAAGGUGCACCUGUGUAAUGAUCAUGCUGUUUAAUCAGCUUCUUGAUAUGCCACACCUGUCAGGUGGAUGGAUUAUCUUGGCAAAGAAGAAAUGCUCACUAACAGGGAUGUAAACAAAUUUGAGAUAAAUAAAUUAUUUGUGCGUAUGGAAUUUUUUGGGGGAUCUUUUAUUUCAGCUCAUGAAUCAGGGGACCAUAAUUUUCCAUGUUGCGUUUAUAUUUUUGUUCAGUAUAUAUACAGUACCUGUCACAUCUCCUCCCGUUGCUCCCCUCCGGCGCUCUGAUUCGCCGGUCUUCUGAGCCACCGGUCUGAGCGCACCACCUCGGCAACACCGGAAUGGAAACCCAAUGCACCCUAAUCACCUCCAGCGCACCUCAUCUCAUCACCACCCCUAUUUAGCCCUGGACUGUUCUGGAUGAUGUUGUGUGUGAUUGUUUAGCUUCGUGUCGUGUACUCUAUCUUUGUUAUUUCUCUUGGUCAUUGUUUGAGUAAACCUUGACCUUGUUAAUUCCUGUGUCUGCGUCCUGCCUCUUUGUAUACUCAGUACUCGUCACAGUACCAGUCAAAAGUUUGGACACACCUACUCAUUCCAGGGUUUUUCUUAAUGUUUUGUUAAUAUAUUGUAGAAUAAUAGUGAAGACAUACAUUUACAUUUACAUUUACGUCAUUUAGCAGACGCUCUUAUCCAGAGCGACUUACAAAUAGGUGCAUUCACCUUAUAGCCAGUGGGAUCACCACUUUACAAUGUUUUUGUUUUUUUUAUGUUUUUUUGGGGGGGUUGGGGUUUGGGUUGGGGUAAGGGGGGGGUAGAAGGAUUACUUUAUCCUAUCCCAGGUAUUCCUUAAAGAGGUGGGGUUUCAAAUGUCUCCGGAAGGUGGUGAGUGACUCUGCUGUCCUGGCGUCGUGAGGGAGCUUGUUCCACCAUUGGGGUGCCAGAGCAGCGAACAGUUUUGACUGGGCUGAGCGGGAACUAUGCUUCCGCAGAGGUAGGGGAGCCAGCAGGCCAGAGGUGGAUGAACGCAAUGCCCUCGUUUGGGUGUAGGGACUGAUCAGAGCCUGAAGGUACGGAGGUGCCGUUCCCCUCACAGCUCCGUAGGCAAGCACCAUGGUCUUGUAGCAGAUGCGAGCUUCAACUGGAAGCCAGUGGAGUGUGCGGAGGAGCGGGGUGACGUGAGAGAACUUGGGAAGGUUGAACACCAGACGGGCUGCGGCAUUCUGGAUGAGUUGUAGGGGUUUAAUGGCACAGGCAGGGAGCCCAGCCAACAGCGAGUUGCAGUAAUCCAGACGGGAGAUGACAAGUGCCUGGAUUAGGACCUGUGCCGCUUCCUGUGUAAGGCAGGGUCGUACUCUCCGAAUGUUGUAGAGCAUGAACCUACAGGAUCGGGUCACCGCCUUGAUGUUAGCGGAGAACGACAGGGUGUUGUCCAGGGUCACGCCAAGGCUCUUCACACUCUGGGAGGAGGACACAACGGAGUUGUCAACCGUGAUGGCGAGAUCAUGGAACAGGCAGUCCUUCCCCGGGAGGAAGAGCAGCUCCGUCUUGCCAAGGUUUAGCUUGAGGUGGUGAUCCGUCAUCCAUACUGAUAUGUCUGCCAGACAUGCAGAGAUGCGAUUCGCCACCUGGUUAUCAGAAGGGGGAAAGUAAACUAUGAAAUAACACAUAUGGAAUCAUGUAGUAACCAAAAAAGUGUUAAACAAAUCAAAAUAUAUUAGAGAUUUUUCAAAGUAGCCACCCUUUGCCUUGAUGACAGCUUUGCACUCUCUUGGCAUUCUCUCAACCAGCUUCAUGAAGUAGUCACCUGGAAUGCAUUUCAAUUAACAGGUGUGCCUUGUUAAAAGUUAAUUUGUGGAAUUGAUUUCCUUCUUAAUGCGUUUGAGCCAAUCAGUUGUGUUGUGACAAGGUAGGGGUGGCAUACAGAAGAUAGACCUAUUUGGUAAAAGACCAAGUCCAAGUUAUGGCAAGAACAGCUCAAAUAAGCAAAGAGAAAUGACAGUCCAUCAUUACUUUAAGACACGAAGGUCAGUCAAUACGGAACAUUUCAAGAACUUUGAAAGUUUCUUCAAGUGCAGUCGCAAAAACCAUCAAUCGCUAUGAUGAAACUGGCUCUCAUGAGGACCGCCACAGGAAAGGAAGACCCAGAGUUACCUCUGCUGCAGAGGAUAAGUUAAUUAGAGUUAACUGCAUCUCAGAUUGCAGCCCAAAUAAAUGCUUCACGGAGUUCAAGUAACAGACACAUCUCAACAUCAACUGUUCAGAGGGGACUGCGUAAAUCAGGCAUUCAUGGUCGAAUUGCUGCAAAGAAACCACUACUAAAGGACACCAAUAAUAAUAAGAGACUUGCUUGGGCCAAGAAACACGAGCAAUGGACAUUAGACCGGUGGAAAUCUGUCCUUUGGUCUGAUGAGUCCAAAUUUGAGAUCUUUGGUUCCAACCGCUGUGUCUUUGUGAGACGCAGAGUAGGUGAACGGAUGAUCUCUGCAUGUGUGGUUCCCACCGUGAAGCAUGGAGGUGGUGUCACGGUGUGGAGGUGCUUUGCUGAUGACACUGUCUGUGAUUUAUUUAGAAUUCAAGGCACAUUUAACCAGCAUGGCUACCACAGCAUUCUGCAACGAUACGCGAUCCCAUCUGGUUUGGGCUUAGUGUGACUAUCAUUUGUUUUUCGACAGGACAAUGACCCAAAACACACCUCCAGGCUGUGUAAGGGCUAUUUGACCAAGAAGGAGGGUGAUGGAGUGCUGCAUCAGAUGACCUGGCCUCCACAACCACCCGACCUCAUCGUCCGGAUGAGUUGGACCGGAGGAGCAUAGAAAUACAGUGGGGGAAAAAAGUAUUUAGUCAGCCACCAAUUGCGCAAGUUCUCCCACUUAAAAAGAUGAGAGAGGCCUGUAUCAUAGGUACACGUCAACUAUGACAGACAAAUUGAGAUUUUUUUUUCCCAGAAAAUCACAUUGUAGGAUUUUUAAUGAAUUUAUUUGCAAAUUAUGGUGGAAAAUAAGUAUUUGGUCACCUACAAACAAGCAAGAUUUCUGGCUCUCACAGACCUGUAACUUCUUCUUUAAGAGGCUCCUCUGUCCUCCACUCGUUACCUGUAUUAAUGGCACCUGUUUGAACUUGUUAUCAGUAUAAAAGACACCUGUCCACAACCUCAAACAGUCACACUCCAAACUCCACUAUGCUGUCAAAGGACACCAGAAACAACAUUGUAGACCUGCACCAGGCUGGGAAGACUGAAUCUGCAAUAGGUAAGCAGCUUGGUUUGAAGAAAUCAACUGUGGGAGCAAUUAUUAGGAAAUGGAAGACAUACAAGACCACUGAUAAUCUCCCUCGAUCUGGGGCUCCACGCAAGAUCUCACCCCGUGGGGUCAAAAUGAUCACAAGAACGGUGAGCAAAAAUCCCAGAACCACACGGGGGGACCUAGUGAAUGACCUGCAGAGAGCUGGGACCAAAGUAACAAAGCCUACCAUCAGUAACACACUACGCCGCCAGGGACUCAAAUCCUGCAGUGCCAGACGUGUCCCCCUGCUUAAGCCAGUACAUGUCCAGGCCCGUCUGAAGUUUGCUAGAGUGCAUUUGGAUGAUCCAGAAGAGGAUUGGGAGAAUGUUAUAUGGUCAGAUGAAACCAAAAUAGAACUUUUUGGUAAAAACUCAACUCGUCGUGUUUGGAGGACAAAGAAUGCUGAGUUGCAUCCAAAGAACACCAUACCUACUGUGAAGCAUGGGGGUGGAAACAUCAUGCUUUGGGGCUGUUUUUCUGCAAAGGGACCAGGACGACUGAUCCGUGUAAAGGAAAGAAUGAAUGGGGCCAUGUAUCGUGAGAUUUUGAGUGAAAACCUCCUUCCAUCAGCAAGGGCAUUGAAGAUGAAACGUGGCUGCGUUUACAUUUGUUGGAUGACAUGAAAAUAGAGCUCUUUGGCCACGGACACCAGUGAUGGGUUUGGCGUCGAAAUAAGGAUACAUAAGCAGAAAAGAACACCAUACCUACUGUAAAAUAUGGUGGUAGAUCUUUGAUGUUAUGGGGCUACUUUGCUUCCACUGGUCCUGGGGCCCUUGUUAAGGUCAACGGCGUCAUGAACUUUAACUAGUACCAGGACAUUUUUGCCAAAAACCUGGUUGCCUCUGACAAGAGGCCGCAAGUGGAUCUUCCAUCUAGACAAUAAUCCAAAGCACACAUCAAAAUCCACAAAUAAACAGUUAAUUGACCACAAAAUCAAAAUGUUCAAUGGCCAUCUCAAUCUCCGGACUUGAACUCCAUUGAAAACCUCUGGUUUGAAUUGAAGAGGGCAGUACAUAAGCACAGACGAAGGAUAUCAAGGAUCUGGAAAGAGUCUGUAUGGAGAAAUGGUCUAAGAUCCUUCCCAGUGUGUUCUCUAAUCUCAUAAAACAUUAUAGGAAAAGGGUUUAAACAAGUAAAGGGUUUCCCAUGCUUGUUCAAUUAACCAUAAACAAUUAAUGAACAUGCACCUGUGGAACGGUCGUUAAGACACUAACAGCUUACAGGCGGUAGGCAAUUAAGGUCACAGUUAUGAAAACGUAGGACACUAAAGAGACCUUUCUACUGACUGAAAAACACCAAAAGAAAGAUGCCCAGGAUCCCUGCUCAUCUGCGAGAACGUGCCUUAGGCAUGCUGCAAGGAGUCAUGAGGACUGCAGAUGUGGCCAGGGCAAUAAAUUGCGAUGUCCGUACUGUGAGACGCCUGAGACAGUGCUACAGGGAGACAGGACAGACAGCUGAUCAUCCUUGCAGUGGCAGACCACGUGUAACAACACCUGCACAGGAUCGGUACAUCCGAACAUCACACCUGCGGGACAGGUACAGGAUGGCAACAACAACUGCCCGAGUUACACCAGGAACGCACAAUCCCUCCAUCAGUGCUCAGAUUGUCCGCAAUAGGCUGAGAGAGGCUGGACUGAGGGCUUGUAGGUCUGUUGUCCUCACCAGACAUCACCGGCAACAACGUCGCCUAUGGGCACAAACCCACCGUCGCUGGACCAGACAGGACUGGCAAAAAGUGCUCUUCACUAACGAGUCGCGGUUUUGUCUCACCAGGGGUGAUGGGUGGAUUCGCGUUUAUCGUCGAAGGAAUGAGCAUUACACCGAGGCCUGUACUCUGGAGCGGGAUCGAUUUGGAGAUGGAGGGUUCGUCAUGGUCUGGGGCAGUGUGUCACAGCAUCAUCGGACUGAGCUUGUGUCAUUGCAGGCAAUCUCAACACUGUGCGUUACAGGGAAGACAUCCUCCUCCCUCAUGUGGUACCCUUCCUGCAGGCUCAUCCUGACAUUACCCUCCAGCAUCACAAUGCCACCAGCCAUACUGCUCGUUCUGUGCGUGAUUUCCUGCAAGACAGGAAUGUCAGUGUUCUGCCAUGGCCAGCGAAGAGCCCGGAUCUCAAUCCCAUUGAGCACGUCUGGGACCUGUUGGAUUGGAGGGAGAGGGCUAGGGCCAUUCCCCCCAGAAAUGUCUGGGAACUUGCAGGUGCCUUGGUGGAAGAGUGGGGUAACAUCUCACAGCAAGAACUGGCAAAUCUGGCGUAGUCCAUGAGGAGGAGAUGCACUGCAGUACUUAAUGCAGCUGGUGGCCACACCAGAUACUGACUGUUACUUUUGAUUUUGACCCCCCCUUUGUUCAGGGACACAUGAUUCCAUUUCUGUUAGUCACAUGUCUGUGGAACUUGUUCAGUGUAUGUCUCAGUUGUUGAAUCUUGUUAUGUUCAUACAAAUAUUUACACAUGUUAAGUUUGCUGAAAAUAAACGCAGUUGAGAGUGAGAGGACGUUUCUUUUUUUGCUGAGUUUAUAUGCGAUCAUUGGCUGGGCCGGCACUGGGCUCUGGCAUAAACUAUAUGUACACUGCUCAAAAAAAUAAAGGGAACACUUAAACAACACAAUGUAACUCCAAGUCAAUCACACUUCUGUGAAAUCAAACUGUCCAAUUAGGAAGCAACACUGAUUGACAAUACAUUUCACAUGCUGUUGUGCAAAUGGAAUAGACAACAGGUGGAAAUUAUAGGCAAUUAGCAAGACACCCCCAAUAAAGAAGUGGUUCUGCAGGUGGUGACCACAGACCACUUCUCAGUUCCUAUGCUUCCUGGCUGAUGUUUUGGUCACUUUUGAAUGCUGGCGGUGCUCUCACUCUAGUGGUAGCAUGAGACAGAGUCUAAAACCCACACAAGUGGCUCAGGUAGUGCAGCUCAUCCAGGAUGGCACAUCAAUGCGAGCUGUGGCAAGAAGGUUUGCUGUGUCUGUCAGCGUAGUGUCCAGAGCAUGGAGGCGCUACCAGGAGACAGGCCAGUACAUCAGGAGACGUGGAGGAGGCCGUAGGAGGGCAACAACCCAGCAGCAGGACCGCUACCUCUGCCUUUGUGCAAGGAGGAGCAGGAGGAGCACUGCCAGAGCCCUGCAAAAUGACCUCCAGCAGGCCACAAAUGUGCAUGUGUCUGCUCAAACUGUCAGAAACAGACUCCAUGAGGGUGGUAUGAGGGCCCGACGUCCACAGGUGGGGGUUGUGCUUACAGCCCAACACCGUGCAGGACGUUUGGCAUUUGCCAGAGAACACCAAGAUUGGCAAAUUCACCACUGGCGCCCUGUGCUCUUCCACAGAUGAAAGCAGGUUCACACUGAGCACAUGUGACAGACGUGACAGAGUCUGGAGACGCCGUGGAGAACGUUCUGCUGCCUGCAACAUCCUCCAGCAUGACCUGUUUGGCGGUGUGUCAGUCAUGGUGUGGGUGGCAUUUCUUUGGGGGGCCGCACAGCUCUCCAUGUGCUCGCCAGAGGGAGCCUGACUGCCAUUAGGUACCGAGAUGAGAUCCUCAAACCCCUUGUGAGACCAUAUGCUGGUGCGGUUGGCCCUGGGUUCCUCCUAAUGCAAGACAAUGCUAGACCUCAUGUGGCUGGAGUGUGUCAGCAGUUCCUGCAAGAGGAAGGCAUUGAUGCUAUGGACUGGCCCCGCCCGUUCCCCAGACCUGAAUCCAAUUGAGCACAUCUGGGACAUCAUGUCUCGCUCCAUCCACCAACGCCACGUUGCACCACAGACUGUGCAGGAGUUGGCGGAUGCUUUAGUCCAGGUCUGGGAGGAGAACCCUCAGGAGACCAUCCGCCACCUCAUCAGGAGCAUGCCCAGGCAUUGUAGGGAGGUCAUACAGGCACGUGGAGGCCACACACACUACUGAGCCUCAUUUUGACUUGUUUUAAGGACAUUACAUCAAAGUUGGAUCAGCCUGUAGUGUGGUUUUCCACUUUAAUUUUGAGGGUGACUCCAAAUCCAGACCUCCAUAGGUUGAUAAAUUUGAUUUCCAUUGAUAAUUUUUGUGUGAUUUUGUUGUCAGCACAUUCAACUAUGUAAAGAAAAAAGUAUUUAAUAAGAUUAUUUAAUUCAUUCAGAUCUAGGAUGUGUUGUUUAAGUGUUCCCUUAUUUUUUUGAGCAGUGUAGUAUUAUGCACAAUUGCGCACAAUUGGCCCAGCGUCGUCUGGGUUUGGCCGGUGUGGGCCGUCAUUGUAAAUAAGAAUUUGUUCUUAACUGACUUGCCUAGUUAAAUAAAGGUUGACUAGUGAGAGAGCUUCCAUUGUGGCUGACACAAGAGGCAAUCUUAGAUCAUGUGAAUCAAUGACGCCAUUCUCGUGGUGACAGAGGGGGAACUAUUUGAGGAAACUGACGUCAGAGCCCCCUCCACACACACACACACAACACACACACACACACACAUUUAGUCAUUUAGCAGACGCGACUUACAGUUCAUCUUAAGAUAGCUAGGUGGGACAACCACAUAUCACAGUCAUAGUAAGUACAUUGUUUCUCAAUAAAGCAGCUGUCAGUCAGAGCUAGUAAGGGGAGAAAAAAAAUAUAAAGUGUGAGUGUUAUUUGGGGGGGUGGGGGGUCGCGGUGAGAAGGGGGUGCUGUGGGAUUAUUUAAGAUGUUUUCAGAAGAUGGGCAGGGACUCUGCUGUCCUAGCUUCAGGGGGAAGCUGGUUCCACCACUGGGGUGCAAGGACAGAGAAGAGCUUGGACUGGGCUGAGCGGGAACUGCCCUCCUGUAGGGAUGGGAGGGCCAAGAGACCAGAGUGGCAAAACAGAGUAUUAGGGUUGGGGUGUAGGGUUUGAGCAUAGCCUGAAGGUAGGGAGGGGCAGUUCCUCCUUUUCCUGGCGUGUGCCCUAAUGAACACUGCCCUUGGUAAAAAAUGUAUUUGUAUUUCUUUAAAAUACUUGAGAUGUGCUUGAUUGAGCGUACCUGGUGCAAUGGGAGAGGAGAGGAGAGGAGAGGAGAGGAGAGGAGAGGAGAGGAGAGGAGAGGAGAGGAGAGGAGAGGAGAGGAGAGGAGAGGAGAGGAGAGGAGAGGAGAGGAGAGGAGAGGAGAGGAGAGGAGAGGAGGAGAGGAGAGGAGAGGAGAGGAGAGGAGAGGAGAGGAGAGGAGAGGAGAGGAGAGGAGAGGAGAGGAGAGGAGAGGAGAGGAGAGGAGAGGAGAGGAGAGGAGAGGAGAGGAGAGGAGAGGAGAGGAAAACAAGUGAGGAGAGGAGAGGAGGAGGUGAGAAGAGGAAGACAAGUAAGGAGAGGAGAGAAGAGGAG